AUGAGGUCAGGGGAGAGAGACAGAGAUGGGGCCAUGGGCAAUCGAACGGAGGGUUGCCGGUGGGGGGACUUUGGGACGUUCGCCUUCCAUCACCUGGAUCAACAUCCAUCCCUUACCCCCCCGGAAACACCCUUCUUCUUCCUCCUCGCCAUCCUCGCAUCCCUCGUAUCUUUUGCACGUUGUAGCUGCGUCCGAUUGGCAGAGAGCUCGUUGACGUCAGCUCUGGCCCCCCGAUCGAACCGCGGCUCAUUUUUCACCUCCGUCCUCCCCUUGGCGACUAUUGCGUCUGCCAUCGUCCUCCCGGACCUCAGCGACGUCCAGACAUGGGAGAACAUUGUCCCGUCUAAAGAGUCGAUCGGCAAGGUCGCUUCCGCCUUCAAGGAUGACUUGGACGCCUUCACCUCGGGCGUCGAGGACAUCCUCUCACACGCCGGCGACGCAGUGCAGUCGACCCUGGAUAACCUCCUAGGCAGCGAAGACGCGGACGCAGACGUCUUGGGCCACCACCAUCACCACCACAAGACCUCCAACCUGACCAUCUACCAGCUCAUCAAGGCGAGCGACCACACGAAAAAGUUCGCGGCCCUCGUCGACGAGCACGAUUCGGUUGUCCAGCUCCUCAACUCCACCAAGGCCAAUUACACGCUUUUCGUCCCCGUCGACGCGGCCUUUGAGCGCAUCCCCGACCACGGGAAGAAGCCCAGUCGCGACUUUGUCGAUGCCCUGCUGCGGUAUCACAUCGGUGUUGGUCUCUACCCGGCCCCGCGCCUCCUGGUCACUCAUACAUUGCCUACCGCCUUGGACGAGGCUUGGCUGGACGAUGAGCCGCAGCGUCUGCGCACCCGUGUUGGUCUGUUUGGUGUGACUGUCAAUUUUUACAACAAGGUUAUCAAAGCCGACAUUCGCGCCAAAAACGGCGUCAUCCACGCAGUCAAGCACAUCCUCGUCCCCCCACCCAUGGUCGGCCGCGUCCUCUCCCUCGUGCCGUCCAAGUUCUCGACCCUCCUCCUCGCCUACGAGAAGACCGACUUCGUGUCGUUCAUUCACCACGUCAAGAUGCGCGGCAGCACCGUGUUCGCGCCCUCGAACCAGGCCUUCGCCCGCCUCGGGCCCUCCGCCAACGCCUUCCUCUUCAACUCGGAGCACGGGCUCAAGUACCUCCGCGCCCUGCUCAAGUACCAGAUCGUCGCCAACGAGACGCUCUACAGCGACGCCUUCUACCGCGCCAAGGCGGCCGACGCCGAACACGUGGUGACGGUCGGCCGGGACGAGAACGGCGUCGAGGCCGAUGGGCUGCGUCACUACCAUGUCGACAUGCCCAGCCUGCUCGACGAGAAGAACAUUGCGGUCGACAUCACUCGCUGGGGGGGGCUCAUCGAUGUCAAGGUGAACGGCUAUGUCCACGUCGGCGUGCAGGAUGGGGUGGCGCGCAACGGCGUCAUUCAGGUCGUUGACAGGGUCUUGUUCCCGCACCGGACGCCUGGCGCUGGCCGACAGGGAGAGGUGAAUGCCGAGGAGGAGGAGCUUCUUUGGGGUGGUGAGGUUGAUGUUGAGGAUAUCAAGGCUCGGUUGGGUCCGCUUGUUGAGGAGGACGAUGAAGAUUUUUCCUUUGAGCUUGGUGGAAGACGGAAAGCAAGCAAAGAGGGAUUCGAGUUUCCAGUUUACAAAGAUGAUGUGCGGAGGACGUAUAUCAAGUUCAUAUGGGAUGGCCGGCUUGGCCAUUCUGUGGUGGUCUUCAUGGAGACGAAGAAACACCAAAUGACGGUAUGGAGGCUGAGACGACCAACGCACUUUAUGCCGGAGGCCGAUCAGAUUCACUUCCCCUCAUUUCCACCACCACCACCACCACCACUCGCAGUCUGCAGCCUGCCCUCCCUGGGCCGAAUUCAAGAAGACCCGGGCUCUCUCUUCCACCAAUCCUAG